UCCUUACCAAAGACAAAAACAAAGUCCCCUAAAGGCGGUAAAAAGGAAAGAAGCAGCUCAGGAUCUGCGCGAAAAUCCAAGAACAGCAAGUCCAAUGUGAUCUUAUCUGAUGAGUCGAGCAGUGAAGAUGAGAAAAAAGAUAAGGAGGAAUCUUCAGGUGAAGAUAAAGAAAGUGAUGAGGAAGAGCCACCAAAGAAGAUUGCUAGAAAGGAAAAGUCAAAGCCAAAAUCAACUCCCAAAAGCAAAAAAGCGGCAAAGGCUGCAAAUGUGAAAAAGGCAGACAGUAGUACAACCAAUAAAAAGAGUCCGAGCAACUCAAAAAAAGGUAACAAUAAUCGCACAUUUUUAUAA